AUGUCCAGGCAGCUCACCCAGCUCCCAACCCCGGACCUUCCGGCAGGCGCUAGCCCUCAGUUUGGGAGUUGCACCCAGCCGGCUGGCUCCCUGACCGGGGGGCACCUGAACUCCAUGGUGGGACUCAAAUCCCUCCUGCAGCACCCUAUGAAGGGGGACCAACGUUUGAGAAGCCCUUGUGAUCUCAAAGAUAAAGAACGAUCAAUGGACCUCGAUGAAGACUCUUUGGGAGUGUGUUCUAUGAGGAACACAUCUGGAAUAGGCGGCGGCAGCAAUGGAUGCAACGGAGGAAGUAACGGCGGAAAUGGAGUAGGCAAUUUCAACCAGUUCUUGGGGCCUCUUUUGUGGGAUCGCACCCUACAGGCGGACGGGGGGCUCUUCCAACUGCAGUACAUGGACUUGGAGGAGUUUCUGACCGAAAACGGAAUGGGCAGCAUGCACAACAACAACAGCUCCAGUUCGGCCCAGAUCCCUUCUCAGAGCUCCCCAUCCGCGGUACCAAACCAGAGCUCCCAGUGCCUACCGCCCCCAUCCCCGCAAGGUUCUUCAUCUUCAUCGCCCUCGUCCUCAUCAUCCCCGUCCCUGCUCGGUUUGGAGGUGGCGCAACCACCGAGCCUAACUGGAGGAAACGACUGUCUACACGGGAGCCAGACAAGUAUGAAUGAUUCGUGCGAGUCGCCAUCUUCAUCGUCCUCGUCGCCGUCAUCCUCGUGUCCUCCCUUGCUGACGCCAACAAGCAGCGGCCCGGAUGCGGUGGGAAUCUUUGACCUGGAUCCCUCGGACAUCGUUUUGUCCAACGGCCCCGGCCAGCAGAACUUUGACCCCAGGCAGACCUUCAGCGAAGAGGAGCUCAAGCCGCAGCCCAUGGUGAAGAAGGCGCGCAAGAUCCUGGUGCCCGAUAACAUGAAGGAUGAGAAGUACUGGAGCCGACGAUACAAAAACAACGAAGCGGCCAAGCGCUCCCGAGAUGCGCGGCGCCUCAAGGAGAACCAAAUAUCGGUGCGCGCCGCCUACCUGGAGCGCGAGAACGCCGCCCUGCGACAGGAAGUGGCCGAGAUGCGCAAGGAACUGGGCCGCUGCCGCAACAUCCUGAGCAAAUACGAGAAUCGUCUGGCCGACCAGUGA